AUGGCAGCUCUGAGUAUGACUCCCUCCCACCUGUUCCUGCUGAUGUUAAACUGUUUCCUGGGUGCUUCAUCAGUUAGAAUCAUCAAAGGGGGCUCUGGGAGCGCACGGGACAGCUCCCUCCAGCCCUCCUCGGACUUCUCAGAUGACCUGGACCAGGACAUGGUCUCCAAGCACAUGUCAAAACUGUACGAGAAAUACAACAGGGGAAACCGCCUGCGAGAGGGAAACACUGUGAGGAGUUUCAGAACCAGCCAAGACUCCUCUGAGCACAGGACGGUGUACCUGAACCUUACAACCCUCCAGGACUCAGAGGUCAUCCUCUCUGCCACAUUCCACUUCCUGCUCGAUCGGCGCCCUCAUCAAAAACUCUGGUUCUGUAAACGCUUCAAAAGCCCAUCCUGUCGUUCCUCAGCCGUCCACCCUUCUCCGUCCAUCAGCCUGCUCCUUCGUGCUGUCUCCUAUGGGUCAGAGGUCAGAUCUGGGCCAAUGGGGUCACUUCUAGGCAAUGUGACCUUCCACCCACACAGGAGAGGGGUGUGGCAGAUGAAAGAUGUGACCCAGGUCAUAAAGGAGGCCAGGGUCAAGGGUCAUCUCCUGGUGUCAGUGGAGUUGGACUACCACAGGAAACCAGAGGGGGCGCUGCCUGGUGGAAGCCUGCCCUAUCUGUUGCUGUAUGCUAAUGACCAAGCCUUGGCCGAGCCCAACAGCGUGGCUGCAAGCCUUCAGAGAUAUGACCCGUUCAACGACGGAGGAGAGGCCUCACAUUCCUCUCACAGACCUAACUCCUCACCAGAGUCAAAAGGACGAGAGAGAAGGGAAACAGCUCUGCUCUUUGUCCCCAUCCAGAACAAUGAGCUGCCUGAGGUUGACUACAGGCCUGAUGGGUACAGAAAGGAUGACCUCUGGGAGAGCACUUGGUACAUGGCACUCAAACCUAAAUCAGGACGGAAGGAAAAUAAGAGAAAGAGCCAGGAGGAAGAAGGAGUGGAUCAAGGUAGAGGAGUGCAUGAUAAUGAAGAACCUCUGGUUCUCAAACAAGGAGAAAGAAAAUCACAGGGGCUCGAAGCUGAUGACUCAACUGAGAAAAUAAUCAAAGACAGUCAAAUGCCGACUACCAGUGAUGGACGAAAACAUGAGUGGAGAAACGAGGGAAAGGAUGGAAAAGGGCACAAGGGGAGUGCUAACUCUCAGUCGCCUGUUCUGAGUUUUGAUGACCAAACGAUGCGUAAAGCCAGAAGGAGGCAGUGGGGCGAUUCCCAGCACAGAGGAUGCUCCAGGAGGAACCUCAGAGUAGAUUUUGCAGACAUUGGCUGGAGCGAGUGGGUUACAGCACCCAAAGCCUUUGAUGCAUACUACUGCGCUGGCACAUGUGGCUUCCCAAUGCACAAGGUGGCGAGGCCGUCUAACCACGCCACCAUCCAGAGUAUAGUCCGUGCCGUUGGGAUCAUCCCCGGAGUUCCUGAGCCCUGCUGCGUCCCAGAAAAGAUGAGUCCCCUGGCUGUGCUCUACCAGGAUGAAUCCAGGAAUCCAGUGCUCAAGAUUUACCCCAAUAUGUCCGUCCAGUCCUGCUCCUGCAGAUAG